AAAUCAGAGGUUCAAGUGACCUGGAGCCGCCACCUCAAUGACGAUGGUAGGCUGCAACUUCAACCUUGCAACCUGACAACCAUUUCAGUCCACGCUCCCAUUUCCCCCAAUCUCAUCCGCUUGUCCCCAAACUUUAAGACAAUCAUCUUCGAGGCUUGAAACGACAUCCUAAACCCGCCACUGCAGCUUGACCAUCGCUGUCCACCAAAGCUAAGCUCGUCAUCAUGUUUCGAGCAGCUGCUUCGGGGCCUUAUGACGAGGCGGUCGCCAAAUCGACCGACGAGAACCUCACAUCGGAGGACUGGGGUGCCAUCAUGGAGGUUUGCGACCGUGUCUCUGGCGACCAAAACGGCCCGAGGGAAGUCACCCAGAGCAUGAUCAAGCGCCUGGCGCACCGCAAUGCCAACGUGCAGCUGUACACUCUCGAGCUCGCCAACGCCCUCUCCCAAAACUGCGGCAAGCCCAUGCAUCAAGAGCUGUCUAGCCGUGCAUUUACCGAUGCGCUCCUCAAGCUCGGCAACGACCGCAACUCGCACACCCAAGUCAAAGCCAAGAUUCUCGAGCGCAUGAGUGACUGGUCCGACAUGUUCAAGUCCGAUCCCGACCUGGGCAUCAUGUACGAUGCUUACUACCGCCUGAAGCAGACCAACCCCACACUACAACCUCCGAGCGCACCGCAGAAGAACAGCCUUACCGACGUCGACCGGCGGAAGGAGGAGGAGGAGCUCCAGAUGGCCCUGAAGCUGUCGUUGCAGGAUGAAGAGCGCAAAAAGAAAGCCGCCGAGCCGGGGCCCUCCUCGGGUGCCAACGCAGGUGGCUCAGGCUCCGGCGCGGGACAAGCAGCUGCGCCGCUGCAACCAGUGCCGUCAGGCACGACCGCUGCGACUGUUUCUCGUGUCCGCGCCCUUUUCGACUUUGUACCGUCCGAGCCUGGCGAGCUGGAGUUUAAGAAGGGCGACGUAAUUGCCGUGCUCGAGAGUGUUUACAAGGACUGGUGGCGUGGCUCACUGAAGGGCAGGACCGGCAUCUUCCCUCUCAAUUAUGUCGAGAAGCUCACCGACCCUACACCCGACGAGCUGCAACGGGAGGCGCAGAUGGAGGCCGAAGUCUUUGCCGAGAUCAAGAAUGUUGAGAAGCUGUUAACUCUGCUGAGCGCGAGUAAUACUACCCCGAGGGAAGAGGAUAACGAGGAGAUUUCGAAACUCUACCACCAGACGCUUGCAAUCCGGCCCAAGCUCAUCAAACUGAUCGAGAAAUAUUCUCAGAAGAAGGAUGACUUCACGCAGCUUAACGAGAAGUUCAUUAAGGCUCGGAGAGACUAUGAGGCUCUCCUCGAGUCAUCUAUGUCUCACCCCCCCGGACCGAGCUAUCACCACCCAUAUGGGAUGGCACCGCAGAUGCCUCAAACCUACCCUCCGCCAGGGGGUCCGAGCUAUCCUUCGCAGUCGCCGCCGCAAGCGCAACAAGAGGCACAGAGAUUCUACACGCCAGCUCCUGGACAAGAACAACCGCAAUAUCCACCUUCUUCGCCAUCACCCAAUUUGGGCCGGCCCAGUCCCACCCCUGCCCCCUUUUACGUGGCUGGCACCGAAGUUCCUCCGCAGGGCAUCCCACCGCCGGCACCGAAUCAACAACAGCAGUAUCACCAACGCGAACAAGCACAGCGCCACCCGUCCGGCGGGAAUCAGCCACCCCCUAUCCAGACUUCCAUGUCGCCACCGCCGGCUGCCCAGUACACUCCAUACCAGGGGCCGGCAGCAGGCCAACGCCCACAAAGCACUUAUGGUCCACAGGAACUCUCGACUUCGGUCUAUGACUCCCCCAUUGCCCCGCACAACCCGAAUUCCGCAGCAACAUACUCCUCAUCCGUUUACUCACCGGACGAUCCUUACGGCCCCGGCUCAACGAUCGGCGGCAGGCCACCUGCCUCUCACGGGCCAUCCGCCCCCGCCCCCGCCCCCGCCCCCUCUGCGUCGUCCCCCGACCCGAGACAGCAAAACUACCAGGCAUACGCGGCCUACCACUCGCCCACACAGCCGCGGCCAUACGGCGGUCACGGCUACGACGGCGCGGGCGACGCGCCACACACCCAUCACCCGCCCGCGCCGACGGGCCAGGCGCCGCCCCCGCCCAUUCCGCAGGCGGGCCGCCCCGAGAGCGCGCUCACGCCGCCGCCCCUGCACCCGGGCGGGCAGGCGUACGACGCGCGGCAGACCCACCUGCCCAGCCGGAUGGGCGUCGGCUCACCGACGGGAGGCGGCGCCGUCCCCAACGCGGGUCAGCAGCAGUACAGGGCCUAUGUGCCCCCCGUGCCCGUGGCCGGGGGACCGUCGGGUGGUGGUGGUGGCGAGGCGCCGAGCGCGCCGGGGGAUUAUUAUCGCACUGCGGCUUACUGAGGGGCAGGUUGACGGUCUCCUGGGCUCGGUCGGCAAGGUUGGGGGAAGAGGUGGGAAGGGGGGGCCAUGGCCAGGGGCAUGGGCAUGUUCUGUUCUUGGCAGAGGAGAGU